UUUAGACACACACGAGGUACACUCACGACAAGAUGAGCCCGCAAUUUGGCGCUAUUGAACGCGAAUAAUGAUCGUGCGCCAGUCGUGUUGUUCCUCCGGUAACCGGACUGAUCGGAACACGAGAAGUCGUGACGGCGGAGCGGAGGCGGCGCGUCUCUGUUUUGUCUGCGCGCUCGAUGCGUCUCCUCGCAGUCGCAUUCGGAGAGGACUUUCAUCCGGGCGCUGUUCCUGGGGGAGGGGAUCGAGUCAAAGGAAAGAAAAUAGCGCAAGGAAGGAGUGAGAGACAAAGAGGAAAGAGUCAGAUGAGAAGUUUACAUGGACGCGAACACGUGGAGGAAUAAAAGAGCGCGUUCGUUUUAGAUAUCGUCGCUUUUAUAAAGACUUUAACUCUGACUGAAUAAGAUGUAAAAGUUGGAUAGAAGCGUGAUUUGUCUUCUGGAUCAUUAUGGAAAAGCAGAAGAGCUGGAAGUUGUUGAGGGAUUCGCUCAUUCUCUGCUUAUUAUCCGGUCGUGGUCACGCUCAGUGUGAUGGCUGUAUGGAGUACUGUUGUGAUGGUGUGCCUCCUUUCUGCUGUUCUUACUAUGCCUAUGUUGGAGAUGUGCUCUCGGGGACGGCCAUUUCAGGGAUUGUGUUUGGUGUUGUGUUUCUGAUGGGUGCUGCGGCCGCCAUCUUUCUGUGUAUCUGUAUGUGUGUGAAGAACGGGCGUGGGGCGAGAGUUGGUGUCUUCAGUACCUCAUAUAUCAACACAGUUACUCAGGGUUACCCAGGUCCACCUCCACCGUACAGUUAUGAAUAUGAGAUGUAUCCCACAGAUCUGCGGCCACCACCGUACACACCGACUCCACCCAGAGCAACAAACUCUCCUCCUCCACCAUAUCCAGGAUACAAUGGGAAAUGAAGUGAGAUGAACCCAUCGUGUGUUCUGGAUGAAACAGCUCUGUAUGAGCCGGUACCCGACCGCAUCUCCGCUCGACUGUAAGAAACUGGAAAAAUACAUCGAGCAGCCAUACAGAGGCUCUUAGACAGGGAUCUGAACGUUUCUGACGGCAUGGACUUCUAAUGAGAAAUCUGCUGAACAGUGAUAGGGCAGGACGCUCAAUUAAAAUGAGUGACUUGAGAUAAUCAAUGUGUUUUACUGUGAAACAUAUUAUGUUAGAUUUAACUGUUAUUAUGACACAAAAAGAAAAUAGGCUACAUUAAAUUAAUGGCCACUAUGGAAAUAAGCCUCAUUACUGUUGUUAAUGUUGUACGCAGAGUAACACUGUGUUCUUUACCUGCAGUACAUUUGUGUGAUAUGGCCACACAAUAUAUUAAGCAAUAUUAAUUUUUUUUAAACUAUUUAUUUAUUCAAUAUGACUAUAUUUGAAAUAUCAGGUGCAAUUUUGACGCAGAAGAAAGUUUUACUAGAUUUUGACAAUGAGAAAGCUGACAUCUGCAUACUUCACAGGCAGUUGGUCAUCAUAAUGUAUUAUUUAAUUUUUACACAUUUACAAGAAACUACACUUUAAAUGUACGUGUAUUACAAUAAAAUCUUAGUU